AUGUUCAAUACUUCUCAAAUUCGGGCAUUCAGAAGGCCUCUCUUCUUCCCUCUCCUUAUCCUCGUUCUCCUCUUUGUGAUAAAUGUCGUGUCUGGUACCGAUCCCGCAGUAGCUGCAACACUUCAACAGAGGAUAACCCACCGUCGUGGCUACCUAGUGCCAUUAAAUUCUCAAAUCACUCUUUCCUGUCCCUUUGAAACACCCUUCUACAAAUGGACCAGACCGGACUACCCCUCUCACUUCCUUGACGAGACAAAGAACCUCACCAUUAACGCCGAUUCUACCGACGCUAGUGGACGUUAUCAGUGUAGCGCAGUAAACGGCUUUGGAAAUAGCCUGGCUGAAAUGGCUAUUCGGGUUGUUGAUUACAAUUCACCAGCCAUUAGGAGAGAGUGCGCUCUUACUCGCGAUGGCAAAAUCAAUGCUGCAGGACCAUGUUUCCUGAAAAGCUACACAGACUCCGAUUCAGUGAUAACUCGCUACUGGGGUGAGGAUGUGACCUUCGAUUGCAGUAGCGUGACUGCUGAUGGGCGAACCUAUCAAUUGAACUACGCAUGGGAGUUCUAUAAACAGGGUAUGGGUAAAGGGUCGCCAUCAUCUCAAAUGUCUGGAGGAAAUCGAUUAACUCGACGCAGCAAUACGAGAUCUGGCGCACAGGCUGUUGGAGCAGGACUCACUGGAGCAGACGUCGAAGAUGUUAAUGCCGGUACACCUGGGGAUCCUAGUCACGCAGGUCUAGGAAGUGGAACGAGUAGAGCUGAAGUAGCCCGCUUUUCUGAAUCUCAACUAACUAUUCGCAAGGUUACUCUCAGCAACAUGGGAGAAUACCGAUGCACUGUGACCAAUCCCUCUCCAGACUCCAGUACUUCAGUUAUCCCCAAAAUUGAGAGGACUUUCCAACUUCAUGUGAUUCGUAAGUAUUUAGGUUCAAAUUUAUUCGUCCUUUUUGUCAAAAGGAGAAAUUCUUCAAUAUGA